UCUACUUUAAAAAGUUAUGCUCAGGUGAAAAAAAUAUUUAAGUAAAAUACAGCUUUAAAAUACUUAUUUGAAAAUUAGAUAAAGAAAGAACAUUUUAUAGAAAGAACACCACGGAGCAUACAGCUCAGAAAUACGUUUACUAACAGCAAUCUGUGAUGGAAUAUAGGCAUUACUAGGCACAGUGGACAGCAUAGUUGGAUGCUAUAAUGAUCGUGACUGGCAACGUCUGGCCAGAAUUGUCCAUGUGAACAAACAAAUUGAUUUGGUGACAUCCAGGUCAGUGCAGCGUUUUUGCUAUUAUAGGACAUCACAAAAGUCAUGGGACUUGUCGCAUGUUUCAUGGUAAUUGUCAUGUUAGUGUAUAUACUGCACUGCAUUUCUGUAAUAGACAAUGAUGACAAUUUGAAUGCAGCUUUAGAGUACUGCCAGGUAUCCAAUGAAUAAUUGUUACAAAAAAAAACAAUCAUGUUCAUGGUUAUGAGCAGUGCUUAGCUAAAGGAGCAUACAAUAUUUGACUUUGAAAGGUAGUAGGUUGACAGUAAAAGUACCAAAAAAUAAAAUAUUCGCAGUACAGACACUUAUGUAAUCAAUUAUGUAAACAUUAGUACUGUGCACAACUGAUAUUUUGUGAUAACCUUCACUAUUUAAUUUGUCUGACGUUUAUAUUUUGUAUAGUGAAUUUGCAUAAGCAUUAUUUUCACACAGAUGGUUUCUGCAGAUUUGUAUGCUCACUUUUUCAUCAGAAAAGAUGAAAUGAUUCAGGUUCUGAUCCUGAUUCAGUUCUUACCCUUUCUGAUGAAGUGCCAUUAUGAAUUCUCUCUCAACCCUGAAUCAUGCCCCCUUUGUCCGCUUUGUGCUGCCGUAGCUACUGUGUCCGUGUUUAAUUGGGGAUUGGCUUGGAUUAGCGAUGAGAGAUAGCCUUAAUCUGUUUGAGUCACAAAGACACAGAGUGUGUAUGUGUGUGUUUGUGUGUGUGUGAGGAGAUGAGGGUAAGCUGUCUGGUCAUGGACCCUUAGAGCGCUCUGCUAGUCCUGAGGACACAAGAACAAAGACAAGCAAGCGAGCAAAGUGACCAGAAAUAAUAAUAAAAAAACUGAAAUAAAGUGCAUGAGAGAUGGACAGUGAGGGGGUCAGAGAACGAGAGAGUGAGGAGGAGAAGGAGUGUGAGAUGUCGUCAGAAAGAGAAGAGGAGAGUGACGGGGAGAGGGGAGAAGAGGACAUGGAUGCUGAGGGUGAAGAAGAAGGGGAUGAGAUUGAGGGAGAGGAAGGGAGAGGAGCAAUGAGGGACAUGGAGGAGUGGAAUGGGUUUCUUUCAGAGGGAAAGACGGAUCAUGGUCACGAUGAAGAUGCGUUGGUUGAGUGGAAGCCCGGUGACCCGGUAACCCCCCAACAUGUCCUCAGACUGGCUGGAUACACAGAUGAUUAUCUGUGCUCUCCUGAAGAGAACAUUUACCACAUCAGCUUCUCUCGCUUCAAAAUCAGAGACCUGGAGGGAGGGUCCGUCAUCCUGGAUUUGAAAAGGCUCUGUCCAACAGAAAUUGAAGAUGUGAAGGAACAGGAGGCAGCACGAUUUAUCCAGUAUCAUUUCACCCCUGCUUUUCUCAGUUUGAGGGAGAUUGGAGCCACGCUGGAGUUCACUGUAGGCAGUAAGGCUGUAAACAGGUUCAGACUGAUAGAGAGGCAUUACUUCAGAGACAUGCUGCUGAAGACCUUUGAUUUUGAAAUUGGCUUCUGCAUCCCACACAGCCGAAACACCUGUGAGCACAUCUACUGCCUACCAGACCUGGACCCACAAACCAUUGAGGAGAUGAUUUCCCAUCCCUUUCAGACACGUUCAGACAGCUUCUACUUUGCAAACAACAAGCUAAUCAUGCACCACAAGGCUGAGUACUCCUUCUGCAAGGGUGUUUAGACAGACAUAAAGUGAUAAUAACUUAUACACUAUUAUUAAGCUAUAAAAAGGGAUUUUUGGUUGAUUCAUGUUGUGGAUGUGUGAGCAUGUGUGAGCAUAUGCAUUUCAGUAGAGAAAUCAGAUCAACUUAAAGCAGUAGCUAAUCCAAAAUGCAGUUCAGGGGCAGAAUCAGCCAGGCCAUGUGUUUUGUUGUAUGUACAUUUUCCUCAGAACCAGAUCACUGCUAGACUAGUUACUCUAUAACAGAUCAUAUAUUAGACUGUUCCAUAUUUGUGGUACUAAUAAAUUAUUUCUAUUUAUUGACAUUU